GAUUUGUAGCCUUGGGUUGAAGAAGGCGGAGGAUUUCAGACAGCCUCCCUCAGCUCUUGCCGUUGCGGCCGCUCUCCUUCCUUCUCCACGUCUUCCUUCCGGCCCACAGGCGCUCUACCAGAGGCUUCCACUUCAGAGUGCCGAACCAUGGCCGAAUAUUCCUAUGUGAAAUCCACCAAACUCGUGCUCAAGGGCACAAAGGCUAAGAGUAAAAAGAAAAAGAACAAAGAUAAGAAGAGAAAACGAGAAGAAGAUGAGGAAGCCCAACUUGAUAUUGUGGGAAUCUGGUGGACUGUGUCCAACUUUGGGGAGAUUUCAGGAACCAUUGCCAUUGAAAUGGAUAAAGGAGCCUAUAUCCAUGCACUGGACAAUGGUCUGUUUACACUGGGAGCGCCACAUCGAGAAGUUGAUGAGGGCCCCAGUCCUCCAGAGCAGUUUACUGCUGUCAAAUUAUCUGAUUCCAGAAUUGCCUUGAAAUCUGGCUAUGGAAAAUAUCUUGGUAUAAACUCAGACGGGCUUGUUGUUGGGCGUUCGGAUGCAAUUGGGCCAAGAGAACAGUGGGAACCAGUUUUUCAAGACGGGAAAAUGGCUUUACUGGCCUCAAAUAGCUGCUUUAUUAGAUGUAAUGAAGCAGGCGAUAUAGAAGCAAAGAAUAAAACAGCAGGAGAAGAAGAAAUGAUAAAGAUUAGAUCCUGUGCUGAAAGAGAAACCAAGAAAAAAGAUGACAUCCCAGAAGAAGACAAAGGAAAUGUGAAGCAGUGUGAAAUCAACUAUGUAAAGAAAUUUCAGAGCUUUCAAGACCACAAACUUAAAAUAAGCAAAGAAGAUAGUAAAAUUCUUAAAAAGGCUCGGAAAGAUGGAUUUUUGCAUGAGACACUUCUGGACAGGAAGCUCGCUCCCCCGCUGCCGUGGACUCUCACUGUUGCUGUACUACCUCUUUUCCUCAGUCCAAGCUUGAUCAGUACUUGAUUUAGAGGAAGUUAGAAACUGUUAAGCUGAAUAGCUGCAUCAACAGCAACCAGGAGCAGCAGGAGGAUGGGGAAAACACAAGAAGCCACCUUCUUUCUCAGAGACCCUUUCCCUCUCGGGGCUGUGGCAUUAUUUUCUCUCCAGAGUCCUCAGAUUGAAACUAUCUUCGGCUGGGAAAGAGCCCAUCUCAGAGCCCACAUGAGGCAAGUCGUUUGCUGCUGUGGACAAUCUGAAUCAGCCCCAUAUCCCACACCUGGGAUUAAAACAAAAACAUGUUUACAUAAUAGUUUUUUAAAGACAA